AUGGCUGUCACCAAGAAGCUUGCACUCUGGGUGUUCAAUGCUCUCCAGCACAAUUAUACCCAUAAGGAACUUGCUUAUAACCACAUUCUCGUUUUUCUCCAGAAUCAGAGUCAGAACUACAACUUCGCUAUAAGAACAAAAGUCUACACCUCAUCUGAAACUGGACAGCCCAGCUUACUUCUCAAUUUGUACGGAUCCAUUAGCCUCGGCGACUCGAUUCAAGCUCCAGUGGAAAUCUGGAUUCCCUAUAACUAUCCAUCAGGCUUUUCAUCUCCUUCUAAUUCAUACAAUUCAACAGGAAAUGUCAAUGGACAAUCAGAUCCUCUAUUUGAUGCCAAUGGCUCGGUUCCCAUUGUAUACAUUAUUCCAGAUCAUUCCAAAAACUACUACCUUCGUGCUGGAAACUAUGUGGAUACCCUGGGAAGAUUCUACCAUCCGUAUCUCGCUAGUUGGUAUCAAGAAUCAUCAUCACAUCCUUCAAACCCAAAUGCUCCGAUCUCUGCUCGAUACGAAUUGCUUCAGUUGAUAAAAGUCGUUGCUGAAGCUCUUCGUGCCGAACCUCCUAUAUAUUCUAUUUAUGAAGCUUCUCUGCCUCAAGCCAUAAUGCAACCCCAAGCUUCAGGAUCUCAGCAAUCUUCUAAUUAUCAAUCUGGUCCAAGCCUUCCACCACAAAUCCCUAUAAGUCAUAAUCAAAACCAACCUAUAAAGCCUCAAUCUCCUCUUCAGCAGCAGAAUGCUUCUCCGGGGUAUAAUUCUGCUACUCCAGUGUACGAUUCUGUUCCUGAAAGGUACCGUUCUCCACCCUCCUUACCUUCUGAACAAAGCUACCAAAACAAUUACCAAACUGUAGAUAUUCGUUCACCUUCUGAAUCACCAAGGUAUACACCCAAGCCAGCCUACGUCAGACAGGUUCGCGAACAGCCCUCGUAUUCGCCUUCGCCUAACUCUCUUGGCCAAAUGCAUAUAUCUCCCAUACUGCACGCUCCCCCUGUAGAUCUUCUUAGUGAUGGAACAGAUGGACCUCUGACAGAUACGGCCUCGAAUGCUGAACGUAGACAGGUGUUGGAGCAGUUGUCAGCCAAGUUUAAUUUGUUCUUAAACGAUGCCUACAACGACAACAUCGACAACAGUCUUCCUAAAGUGCGAGAAACCCACCAGAAAGUUGAGGCCUUGUAUAGUCAGUUGAGCCACAUCUACCAACAAGCAGUAGAAAAUUCCCGAAGUCUCGACGGUCAUAUUGCUUAUUUAACCCAGCAGGUGAACAACAUAACCAUACUCAAUCAGGACUUAGUUAAGCUUGAUGAGAUCAACUCUGAGAGUCCCGAUAGUGUAACUACUGCUCCCGGAACCAAGACGCCAUUGGAUAAUCUUAUUAUCCCCGAUCUGCCGCUUGUCAGACAGUUGUAUGAGACUGUUCUGGAGAUUAAGGCAGUGAGAGAUACCAUUAAUCUAGUCAGUGGCAGUUUCCAUAGCGAAAAGGAACUCAUCAAUGACGCCAGAAUGGACUUGUGUGUCAAGACAGUGAGGAACCUCGGCAGAGAGUUGUUCUGGUUGGAGCUUACGAAGCAAGAAAUUGCUCAUAACAUCAUGGGCUUGUCUCUGAACUAG